UUAAUACUUCAGUGCAGCCUGUGUCCUCACCAGUUCUCAUGUAGACGCUAGUGUUGAGCAUCAUUAAAGGACGAUCCUCCAAAGAGUGUCUCAGAAUCCAUCAGCUCCCCUGGAGAAACAGUACAAGGCAAUUCAGUGAAAUCUACUCCAGUGCCUGUCAUUUGAAAUGGUCAACCUCACGACACAGGCGAUUCUGUAUGCAGCUGCUGUAUUAGGACUUUGUGAGGUUGCACUUUUUCUCGCUGUAAUUUACUGGAUGAGGUUGAAGAGGCUGACCAGAAAUAUGAAUGAACAGUAUUGUGCAAUCACAAGCCUCAGUGUAAAGCCUCCUGAUGAUUACUCUAGCAUUGUUGAUGUCUACAUGUAUGAAACAAACAAAGGCCGUAGAGCCCCACCUCCUGAUGACUUAUUCAGUUUUGGUGACUAUGAGAAUAUACAAGGCUUAGGCCUCAGAUUGCUGCCUCCUGCUGAUGACUCAGCCAGUGUUGAUGACUAUGAGAAUAUCCCAGGCUCAGGCCUCAGAUUGCUGCCUCCUGCUGAUGACUCAACCUGUGUUGAUGACUAUGAGACAAUCCCAGGCUCAGGCCUCAGUGUGCUGCCUUCUGCUGAUGACUCAACCAGUGUUGAUGACUAUGAGACUAUCCCAGGCUCAUCCAGUGUUGAUGUCUAUGAGAGCAUCCCAGGCUCAGGCAUCAGUGCUCUGCCUCCUGAUGAUGACUCAACCAGUGUUAAUGACUAUGAGACCAUCCCAGGCUCAUCCAUUGUUGAUGUCUAUGAGAGCAUCCAACAUCGCUGAGACCAUCACUAUCAAUAUCAACCAACAAUCCAAUGGAUGACCACAACUGAGAUAGAAAGAGAGAGAGAAAGAGAGAUUUUAUAUUUUACAACAU